AUGCGUGCAGUGCUCUGGGGCAUCCUGCUUUUCGUCUGUGGCAGCGGCGGCUUGGAGUUCUCUCUCAUCCUCGACCAGGAUGCUCCCGGGCACAAGCAAAACGAGGCUGCUGUCCACGCAUUGCAGAAGGGUGAUGCUGAGAAGGCGCUGCAGACGCUGCACAAGGCGUUGAAGCGCCACAGCAACGCAGCCUUGCAGAAUUCGGUCGGUGUUGCGUUAAUGUACUUGGCGAAAUCUCGUCAGACGUUUUCGAAGGACAAGCUGCAAGAAGCAGCUCUUCACGCUUUCAACCAAACUGUACUGCUUGCUGGCGGUAGCUUAGGCGGCAAAGGCAAUGGCGGCAAAGGGAGGAAGAUGCAAGCUGCAAAGGGCAGCGAUUUGGAGGUAGCACUGGCCAAUCAGGCGCUGGCAUCAAGGUACCUCGAGGCCAGCCGCCUCAAUCGCCUCGGCAUUCAGCUGGACUUGCAGAAUCGCUGGGAAGAGGCGGCAGUAGUUCUUCGAGAGGCACAGAAGGCAGCGCCUGGCUACGAUCCCUUGAUCACGAGCAACCUGGGCACUGUGAUCUACAAGAAUGCGACGCACAGAUCCUCCGGCUGGGCAGAGGCGGCGCCCCUCUACGAGCGCGCCCGGGAGCUGGUGGAGCGAGCACACCUAGACCUGCCAGGCAACCCGGCGGUGAUGAAGAGCUUGAAGGAGGUGCAGCGGUUACAAUCCUCCCUGGACGCUUGGCGGGAGAAUGCCGGUCUGCGAGAGUUGCCAGUUCCAAAAGAACUGCUGGAGGCUGCGGCUGUGCGUGGGACACUGGUGUGCACCUGGUCGGGGGGCGGCAGCAAGUUCUCGAAGAUGGCCUUGAAUCUUCGGGCAUCGAUCCGGCUGAAUGCUCCACAUUGGGAGCGGGCGUUCGUCGUGCUUUCGCUGGAUAACGAAACAUUGGCUUUUUUGCAGAGCCAGGGCAUCACCUCCUGGCUUUAUGAGACCCUGGACAUCUACAUGACCCGCUGGCGACUGCUUGCUGGCCUCCUGGCGGAAGGCUUCAACGUGCUGUUGAUGGACACGGAUGUGGUGUUUCUCGGAGAUCCCUUCCAGCACUUCUUCUUCGACGCUGACUUGGAGGUCAUGACGGACCAUCUCUUCCCCGAAAGAGACCUCUGGGACGAGAAGUGGCGAGACGAGGAACACAUCAACACGGGCUUCAUGUUCGCGCGAAGCUCGAAGCCUUCGCUGCAGCUUGUCCGUGGCUUCAUCGAGGCCCACCACUCGCCAUGGGACUCCGAGGGGCCAUCUCGGGGAGGAGGCUUUGACCUCUUUGACCAGCGCAUCUUUGCACGCUUUGUCCGGAAGCAGAUCCAGGCAGGACGAUGCUAUUCGCUCUUGGAGAACAUCACCUACGGAACGAGGCUGUUGGCAUCGUCACCGAACCCCUCGGUUCGGAUUCACAGCCCAGAAGUCAUCGCGCACGGCGCCAGCUUCUUCUGGUUGCGCUCCCACCGUGCCAGAGGCUUGCAAGUACCACCAGUGGCACAUGCGAACUUCGGCAGAAACAAGCUUUACUUCAUGCGGGAUCGACGGGUGUGGUUCGUCGAGAAUCUCACUGAACGCUUCUCCGAACCCGUGCACAAGGACGAAUACUUUCCAGCAGCAGUGUUGCCUGCAGAGCUUUUCCGCGGUGAGUCGAACCCCUUCAUCGGCGGAUCGAGCAGCCGCCCCCGCUUCUUCAGGUACUCCCAAACCGGAGCCACGACUUCCUCGUGUUCUGCGCAUGGGGUGGGGUUUGGCUUGGCGUGCCAGUUCCUGGAAUUGACCGCGGCUCUGGAGGUGGCGGUGGCACUCGGUCGGCGACUAAUUCUGCCAAGCGCUUUCAACUGCACCUGGUCCCCGAUGUGGAAGCCCUAUGGUAUGGUGAAGACCUUCCAUGCUGAGAACGAGGACUGCACGUUCGACUUCUUUGCGGACGCAGAAGGCUUCAUCAAGCGCUUCGGACAUCUGCUUGUAGAAGCGAGCUUCGCGAGAACUGACAGCUACGCUCACCUCUCAAAGUCUGCGAGUCCAGUUUUGGAGCUUCUGGCGGAAGACGAAUCCCUUCCCCUUGCAGACCUACGACACCGACUUGAUGGAAGGGGUGACGUCCUGGAAGUUGGAAGCGAUGUCUUGGAGCUGCGAGAUCGCUUUCGUGCGAACUUCGGCACAUCUCUGGGCCGCGCCCUCUUCCCUUGUCAGUGGAUCGAAUUUGAAGCCUGGUUCUAUGCGCGUCGACCGGAUCAACCAGCGGCUGUAGGUUCGAGGCACUGUGGCGUUCGAGGUUUGGACUGCUGCGCCGUUUAUCAUGGAUGGGCAGAGAAGUUGGAGUACUUCACCGGCGUUGCCUGGGAUUUGCCAUGCGACUGUGGAGUUGGUGCUGCCCUCGGCUGCUUCUCUCGCAGUGGUGGCGAGUGUGCGCAGGAGGAUCAGAAGGAUGCUGUGGACAUCGGCUUCGCAGAGAUGUUUCACCCCAGGCUGGAAGAGCUCUGA